UUCGCCCGGUAGAACCUUUCACGGUCAGUUCAAUUUUCUUGUCAACAAAGUCACAGUUCCUCUGAGACUCAGCCGAAGUGCACUUUCUUCCCACUCCUCAAUAGAUACAAGUGCACUUAAGGUUCCAGCUUAUUUGUAGACGGUUAAAGAUUAAUGAGAUACCUCGAUUUAUGUACUACGGUGAAAGCAGUGCAAUCAAGGAUACGUGGAGCGAUUACAAUUGAAUUAUAGAAGAAAUUCGUUUUCCAAUCUGUGCAACAACAAGGACUUCUCGAGGAAGCAAGUGCGAUUCGCGAUACAGAAUGUUCAAAGGGAGCGAUACUAAUCGAUUUGUUGAGUUCCAGCAUAAUAAAUAAUGAAAAGUGGUGGAGUGAAUGUGGAAAAGUAAAGCUAAAAGUGAUGAGUAUUAUCUUUGAAGUGCGGAAAUUACAUAAAAGUGUAACGCGGAGAAAACGAAACAUUGAGGAGGUAGCACAAGGAACUGACUCACAGAGAAUACAGCAAAGCCAACGGAUAUGGAAGGAGGAACUCCAGUCUGGGUAAUACCUGAGCCAGGCAAUCAACCCCGUGUUCCAACGGCCAAUAAUGGUACUAGUAAAUGCACAAUUGUUAGCCCCUUUCUAGUCGCGGUACAAUCAAAGUUCCGUCGAAAAUAUUAUCACAAAGUGGUUUUUGCUAUUCUUAUAGUUAUAAUUUUAAUAUUGUUAAUAACAAUUAUCAUACUGUCAUUUAGAACAGCACGUAAAUCCACCAACAAGUGCGAAUCCAAAGAAUGCAUCCGAGCCGCAUCCGCUCUUCUUCAAUCCAUGGACAUGUCAGUUGAUCCUUGCGAUGAUUUUUAUCAGUUUACCUGUGGAAACUGGCCAGAAGAGCAUCCUCGUCCCGACUCCCUGACGUCCUAUGAUUGGUUCAGUGAAAGACAGCAAAGAAUUUCGCGGCAUGUCCGAAAGUUUCUACAACAAAAUAUCACAGAUCAGGAUCCUGUUACUAUCCGAAAAGUUAAAACCCUAUAUCGCGCUUGUAUGGAUUCAGAAGCUUUGGAAAAACUUGGUCUUCAACCUAUUCUGGACUACCUGAAGGCGUUCGAUUUGCCCUUGGUUCCAGCCUUGCUCAAUCAGACCCUUGCUAACUCAACAGCUCCUUAUGAGUUCGAUUGGAUAAAAUCGUUGGUUAAAAUCAAGAAGAUACUUGGAAUGGAUGUCCUGAUUGGGUUCGACAUAUUUCCUGAUUCUCAAAAUCGUUCCACCAAUAAAAUUGGAUUAGGUACACCGGAGUCGGGAAGUGCGUUGCCAUUUAAUGAUGAGGACCACUACAAGAAGGUCAAGAGAGAAAAACGAAAAAUCAUUAUGGAAACAGUGGAAAAUUCAGAUGAUGAAAAAGAUGAAGGUGGAAGUGGCGAAGACGAAGAUAGCAGCCAAAGUGCCUCUAGUAUGCCAGUUUACUCUAGGUACAUUUUGAAAGUUUCAGCGGCAGUUGUGAUGUAUGCUGAUUCAAAUGUUAACUUCGAGGCAUCCACCGAUAUUUUGGUUUCGGCAGUGGAAAAAAUUAUCGCAAUCACUAAAGAAUUGUACAAGUACACUGAAGAGGCAGAAAACAUAACUAAAACCGAGGAAAACGAUUACAAUUAUGACGACAUCCUUCACCUAGAUUUAGCCGAACUGCAAAAGCAAACUGACGAAACAGUAAGCCCCAAAACUCUGCCAAUCUGGGAGAAAUUCAUUACACUCAUGAUGGAGGGAGCCGCCGUUAAAUUUAAUCCAGCUACCGACCAAAUACUUACCUCAAAAGCCGACAUCAGAUACUUACAACUUCUAACUGAAUUCAUCAUGGAAUCAGAUCUAAAAUCAAUUGAGUUCUUCAUCUGGUGGAGUGUAGUUGACGAGCUCGCAGUCCACACUACAGCCGCCCUCCGUCAAAUGCACUAUGAGUAUAUGCGCUCCCUCAUAAAAACCGAAGGAUCCAUAUCGCGGUCACUUUACUGUGCAAACGGCAUUAAUAACUUGAUGGGUAUGGCGGUUAGCUAUAGUCUCGUGAGCGAAAAAUUCCUGGUAGAGACUCGACCCAAGGUUGACCUGAUGCUUUCUAACAUCCGUCGAGCCUUUAACAAUCUGGUGGAAGGGAUCAAUUGGAUGGAUGAGGAAACGAAACUUCAAACCCUGGAUAAAUCUUGGAGCAUGAAGAGCCUAAUUGGAUUUCCAGAAUGGAUUAUGAACAAAACGACUUUGGAUAGCUUCUACAAAGGCAUCGAGGCUAACGAAACCACCCAUCUGAACAACAUGGUGGGUAUCCUUACGUGGCGCAUGAAACGGAAACUGAAUACUUUGAAAAGGAAGAAUGAGUUCGGAUGGGCAACAUCACCAUCGCAUGUGAAUGCGUUCCAUACAUUCCAAGCGAACACUAUAACCGUCCCGAUUGCCAUCCUCCAAUAUCCUUUUUAUGAGCUCGGCCUAGAGGCCCUCAAUUACGGAGCGAUAGGAACAAUUUUAGGUCAUGAGCUAACUCAUGGCUUUGAUGAUAGCGGACGAAUGUUUGACAAAAUGGGAAACAUGCAUCAAUGGUGGUCCAACAAAACCAUCGAGGAAUACGUAAAUAGGACGUCGUGUUUCGUGAAGCAGUACGGAGGCUAUUAUAUUCCGGAUGCUGAAGACUAUAUAAACGGUGAACUAACUCUCGGCGAAAACAUAGCAGACAAUGGAGGACUACGCGAGGCAUACCACGCCUAUAAACUAUAUCGUCAAGAAAAUGGCCCUGAACCUGCCCUACCUGGAUUCGAACAAUUUACCCAUGAGCAACUUUUCUUCAUCUCAUUUGGGAAUCUUUGGUGUGAAAGUGCUACACCAUCUUCAAUGAAGUAUGCUCUAGAAGACACUCAUUGCCCUGGUCAAUAUCGGUUGAAAGGGGUUCUGACUAAUUCACCUGAAUUCGCUAAAACCUUUGGUUGCCGAAAAGGAUCUGGUAUGUUCCCCAGUAAUGACCGUUGUAGACUAUGGUGAACUGUGGUGUUCGCUUUUAACUUUAAGUACAACCUCUUGUGAUGAUUUUUUUGUGACAUGACUUUCCUAGAUAUUUGUAUAUAAAUUGUUAAGAUUUUAGAUAGUUUUGAUUAUAGAAAGUUUUUAGGGUUGCCUGUGUGUAGAUUAGACUGGAUUUGUUGGUGUCGAUAAAAAGUGUGUAAUGGGUUUUUGUACAGCAAUCAAGAGUGCUCAAUUUGCAAUUUUUAUAGAAUAAUUCAAAGUCUGAUUGGUAAAAUUCUAAGGAAUAAAACUUUGAGAAUUAAA